AUGACACCCACCAUCGUCCUCAUCACCGGCGCCAACACCGGGAUCGGCUUCCAGAUCGUGCGGGCGCUCAGCGACAGUCUGCAGCCCUACCACAUCCUCCUCGGCGCCCGCUCGCCCAACAAAGCCCGCGACGCCAUCCAAGCCAUCCAGCAAGAGUUCCCCACGACACAAAGCACCAUUGCCCCGGUCAUCAUCGACAUUGAAGACGACACCUCGAUUCAGAAUGCAUACACCGAGAUCGCAACCCACCACGGCCGGCUCGACGUCCUCAUCAACAACGCAGGCGCCUCCUUCGAUACCCCCGCCACCCGCGGCACCCUUAGCGAACGCGCCCUCUGGAACAAAACCUGGAGCGUGAACACCACCUCCACCCAGAUCGUCACUGCAACCUUCAUCCCCCUCCUCCUGAAAAGCGCCAACCCGCGUUUACUCUUCCUCACCUCGGGAACGGCCACCCUCGCCGGCACGGACAACCCAGCCAUCGCGGUUAACCGGCCCCCGACGGCGAAAGGGUGGCCCAAGCCCGCGGGGCCCGCGCAGGGGGUGCCCGCCUACCGCAGCGCGAAGACCGGGCUGAAUAUGCUGAUGCGGGAGUGGCAUCGGCUGCUGCGCCCGGACGGGGUGAAGGUGUUUGCGCUGUCCCCGGGGUACUUGGCGACGGGGUUGGGUGGCAGUCCCGAGGCGAUGCGCGCCCUGGGGGCGGGGGAUCCGGUGGUGGCGGGCCCGUUUGAGUGGUAA